AUGCCCUUCCUUCUGGAGAGCGACGAUCAGGCCUUAGAGGCGGCGUUGUCCUUCGUGGAAGAGUUCAAUCGCAAUGGUAUAGGGGCCGACGGGCUUCUCACCGUGGAUACGGGAACACUUGCGCGGCAGACCGUCCAUUCGGCUCGAAGCCACGCGGCAGCUGAUGAAUCUUUGACCAAGAGAGCGAAGGUCAAUGCGAAGAAGAAGCUGCUGCGCCAAGCUGGUAUCUACAGUGACCCGAACAAAGCGCGCAACGAACGAACGCGAGAGAUCGCAUUUCUGCGAGAGCAGAUUGAAAAGCUACAGAUUGAUCUACAGCUUCUGCAGAGCCGACAACCUAAUGGUCCAACUAGAAUGAACCAACCCAAUGCAGUGGCUUUGUUCGCGACACACGCCAACUCGCAGAUCUCGUGUAUGUGGAAGGAGCAAGCAGUUAGACAGCAUCGUCGUCGUGAACAAGCCGAGCGGGGUAAUGUCCGUCUUAGACUCGCGGUCGAGCGCCAGCGGAAGGUGGCAAACAGCCUGAAAAGCUUGAUGAAGAAGCGAUCAACUCAAUUGACGAAUGAAUAUGCGUCGCUGAUGAACUUGUGCUCUCCGCAAAACAAUAUCGUCGACGUACGGGACUUCUGUGGCGAUAUUAGAGACUUUCGAGGGUUGUUUAAGCGUGUCGACGAUGCCUACAGACACGUGGAUGCAGUAUUUCAGUCCAAUGGUUUGGCUAGGUCGACAAUUUCCCCGAAUGACGUGCACAUGCGCGAAGGCGUAGAUGGCAAGUUUCUCGAGUUCUCCUCCUACAAGAUUUUGCCCUACGAGAUGCGGGCUGCUACUGAAGCUGUGUGGGAACAUUUCAAAGGAGUUGAGAAGCAUUUGGGCGUUGGUAGCAUCUACAGCAAGGCAGCAAAGAAUCUCGAUGAACCAUACACGAUCAUCGAGGAUUUUUCGAUAGAAAUCUACUCCAACAGUUCUCGUGCGGACUACAAGACGAAGCAAGUGGUUCGACGCUAUGUGGAGGAAGACCGAGACAUCGUCAUCUGGGUUUCGCACGCCACACCCGUCGAAGUCAAGCACAAGUUGCUCAGUGGUUUAUCCUACAACUUCCUCGGCUAUGCCAUUACAAAGCGAGCACCUUCUUCGACUGUGGAGCACGAGCUAAUCCAGCUUCAAUUGUGCUCGCGGAUCUCUCUGGACCAAGAUAAUGCCAAGACGUACAAUCCUGAUAGUGCUCGAACGCUUGCCAACUUUCUCAUCGUUCACGCGGCAAAAAACAUAGUAGCUCAUCGCGAAAGUAUCGAGAACAAUCUAGCCGACCGCGUACUCAGACGGCGGUUGCAGUGA